GGCCGGGGAAAGGCGGGAGGCCGGGGCGAGCCUGGAACCGGAAGUGAAGGCCGCUUCCCGCCUCCGUCCCUGUUGCUGCCGCCAUACACGCUCGCAGUGCUUAGCUCUUCUGUCGGAAACUGGUGUCUUUUCCCUUGCUGCUGUCCAACCCCUGUCUUGGCCCUCGCUUCCUCGCCUGCUCUGGGACACCUAACUCAGAGACCUCCCUUCUCCCCCUGCCGGCCCGAUUAUGGCAGAGAACGACGUGGACAACGAGCUCUUGGACUAUGAAGACGAUGAGGUGGAGACGGCCGCCGGGGCCGAUGGGACCGAAGCUCCCGCCAAGAAAGACGUCAAGGGCUCCUACGUCUCCAUCCACAGCUCCGGCUUUCGAGAUUUCCUGCUCAAGCCAGAGUUGCUCCGGGCCAUCGUUGACUGUGGCUUUGAGCAUCCGUCAGAGGUCCAGCAUGAAUGCAUCCCUCAGGCCAUUCUGGGGAUGGACGUCCUGUGCCAGGCAAAGUCAGGCAUGGGAAAAACAGCAGUGUUUGUCCUGGCCACACUGCAGCAGCUGGAGCCAGUUACUGGGCAGGUGUCUGUGCUGGUGAUGUGUCACACUAGGGAGCUGGCUUUUCAAAUCAGCAAGGAAUAUGAGCGUUUCUCAAAGUACAUGCCGAAUGUCAAGGUGGCAGUGUUUUUUGGCGGUCUGUCUAUCAAGAAGGAUGAAGAGGUGCUGAAGAAGAACUGCCCACACAUUGUCGUGGGGACUCCUGGCCGAAUUCUAGCCCUGGCUCGAAAUAAGAGCCUGAACCUCAAACACAUUAAACACUUUAUCUUGGAUGAAUGUGACAAGAUGCUUGAACAGCUCGACAUGCGUCGGGAUGUCCAGGAAAUUUUUCGCAUGACCCCCCAUGAGAAGCAGGUCAUGAUGUUCAGUGCUACCUUGAGCAAAGAGAUCCGCCCAGUCUGCCGAAAGUUCAUGCAAGAUCCUAUGGAGAUCUUUGUGGAUGACGAGACCAAGUUGACGCUGCACGGGUUGCAGCAAUACUACGUGAAACUGAAGGACAACGAGAAGAACCGGAAGCUCUUUGACCUUCUCGAUGUCCUCGAGUUCAACCAGGUGGUGAUCUUUGUGAAGUCCGUGCAGCGCUGCAUCGCCCUGGCCCAGCUUCUAGUGGAGCAGAACUUCCCAGCCAUUGCUAUCCACCGUGGGAUGCCCCAGGAGGAGAGGCUCUCUCGGUAUCAGCAGUUCAAGGAUUUUCAGCGGAGGAUUCUUGUGGCUACCAACCUGUUUGGCCGAGGCAUGGACAUUGAGCGUGUGAACAUCGCGUUCAACUAUGACAUGCCCGAGGACUCGGACACCUACCUGCACAGGGUGGCCAGAGCGGGCCGGUUUGGCACCAAGGGCUUGGCCAUCACAUUUGUGUCAGACGAGAACGAUGCCAAGAUCCUGAAUGACGUGCAGGACCGUUUCGAGGUCAACAUCAGUGAGCUGCCCGAUGAGAUCGACAUUUCCUCCUACAUUGAGCAGACACGGUAGAGGAGUCAUCCAUUCUGGACUGUGGCAGUCUGUUGUAGAAGAGGACACGGGGUCAGGAGGAAACACUACCGACCACCCCUGACGCCUCGGCCCACCCUAUCUAUGCUUCUCUGUGUCACCACCACUCCUAAACCUAGUCCUGAUUUAUCAGAGUUUGUUUGUUUGUUUGUUUUUGUUUUUUAACAAAACUAAGAAUGAAACAACUGUGUCUGUGGUGUCUGUAA